UGAUCAGAUCUAGCUCUAGAAAGUAGUAAUGGAACCUACUCGGGGAAAGUUUGAGGUAGAUAAGUUUGAUGGUGAAGGGGAUUUUUCUAUUUGGAAGCAUAGGGUGUUAGCUCAACUAGAGAUACUUGGGUUGGAUUCAGUUUUAAAGACUGAGGAAACAUCUGCGUCUGAUGAUGAUGAGAAGGUUGAUGAGUCAGAUCCGAAAUGGAUAGCAAAGGACAGGAGGGUUAGAAAUCUGCUUGGAAUGAGUGUAACAGAUUUGGUGUUGAGAAAGGUUAUGAAAAACAAAACUGCUCAAGGCAUGUGGGACGCUUUGGAAGCUCAAUAUCAGGAUAAGUCUGUGCCUAACCGGUUUUAUCUCAAGCAGAGGUUCUAUAGCUUCAAGAUGGAAGAAGACAAAAAUCUAGAUAAGAACUUGGAUGUUUUCAAUAAACUUGUCUCAGAUUUAGUCAGUCUUGAUGUGGAAAGGAGGAAAGGAGACAAUAACCAUGAAGGAGAUUGUUCAGUCCUCUUACUCUCUGGAAACGGAGUUGAAGCAGAGUGGCAACUACCUCACCAAAACAAAUGGUGAAGGUCUCUUUAUUCAACACAA